AUGCCCAACAAGCUUGAGAUCCCCAUUAUUGACUUCUCUGGAUUCUACUCUGAGGACCCAGCUGAGAAGAAGAAGGUCGUGGACCAAGUUCGCGAAAGCUGCCUGUACAAUGGUUUCUUCCAGAUUUUGGGACAUUCCGUUCCCGUAGAGAAGCAAGCCAAGGCUCUCCAGUGCACCAAGAAGUUCUUCAACCUUUCAUUGGAGGAUAAGGAGCAGGUCUCCAAAAACAACAACACCUGGAACCGCGGCUACGAGAUGUUGAGAUCUCAGAUGCUCGAGGAGGGUACCCAGCCUGAGCUCAAGGAGGGCUUCUACAUUGGACAGGAGAUCCCCGAGACCCACCCUUACUUUGUCAACAAGAGGCUUAACAGUGGUCCCAACCAGUGGCCUGAAGCUCUCGGUGGUGAUCUUGAGGAUUUCAAGUACCAGACUAUGGAUUACUACAACUCCACACUUAGCCUUGCCUCUGACUUGAUGCGAGUUCUGGCUUUGUCUUUGGACCUCAAGGAGGAUUACUUUAACCAGUUCCUUGAUGGAGCUGUUGCUACCAUGCGACUUCUACACUACCCUUCUCAGCCCAAGGAUGCCGACGACAAGCUCACUCGAGGUAUUGGCGCUCACACUGACUUCGGCGCCAUCACGAUGCUUCUCCAGGAUGAUGUCGAUGGUCUGCAGGUCUGGGACCAGCAGAACAACACCUGGAUUGACGUUCAACCCACCAAGGGAGCUUUCGUUGUCAACCUAGGUAACCUGAUGGCUCGAUGGACCAACGAGAAGUACAAGAGCAACGUCCACCGUGUCAUCAACAAGACCGGAAAGGAGCGUUACUCUAUCCCCGUGUUCGUGUCUGGCAACCCCGACUACGUCGUCGAAUGCAUUCCCACAUGCAAGGCUCCUGGCGAGGAUGCCAAGUUCAAGCCUGCUACCGUCGAGGAGGUUGUCUCAGCAUCGUAUGCCGAGUCUUACGGACGUGCCCAAUUGCACAAGCAGGGUCUGGAGAAGAAGACUGAAAACACUGUGGGGAGCACACCAGUUCAACAGGUUGCUGCUUAA